UUUCUUCACUUUUUCAUCUUUCUCCAAAAGACUUUUGCUCCAGUCUAGUGAACUUUAACGGAGGUCUGUCCUCAAGUCUACUUACAGUUAUCGACAACAAUCAAUCAGGAAUGGAUAACAGUCCUGGAGGUGCUGGUGGAGUCAUUCUGUACGCAGGCUCCUCCGGCAGUGCAAGCCCCAGCCCGGGUAGCCCCUCAAGCGGGUACCAGACACAGUCACCCUCUUCACACUCCCAGCCAUCGUCUCCAGAAGAGGUAACCUUCACAGAGAUCGGGGCGUUAAAACAAAGAUCCGGUGGGUGCACAACCCCGCCCUCCAAAUUGGUGUUCCAGUUCCCGGAGGUGUACAGCGGCCCCUCUGUAGCAGCAGCAGCAGCAGCCACUCCUCAGCACACCUACACACAUCCCAUCGCAGGAAAGAGGCCAUGCGGGUUCACAGGAACUUUUACAAAGACAGGAGGAAUGGUCCUUCUAUGCAAAGUCUGUGGAGACAUAGCAUCAGGUUUUCAUUAUGGAGUGCAUGCAUGUGAGGGUUGCAAGGGUUUUUUCCGCCGCAGCAUCCAGCAGAACAUCAACUACAAGAUGUGCGUGAAGAAUGAGAACUGUCUGAUCAUGCGCAUGAACCGCAACCGGUGCCAGCACUGCCGCUUCAAGAAAUGCCUCUCUGUUGGCAUGUCAAGAGAUGCUGUUCGUUUUGGCCGCAUCCCCAAGCGAGAGAAGCAGCGACUUCUUGAUGAGAUGCAGAGCUACAUGAACAGCCUAAAUGAGUCGGCUGCACUGGAAAUGGACUCAUCCUCCAUGAGGGACACUCCCUCCAGCCCAGAAGAUGGCAACUCAAAAGAGGCCAUUGGGGCCAUCUCCAGAGCCUAUCGUGACAUCUUCGCCAGCAGGACCAACAGCAGCAGCCAGGAAAGACCUGCCAAGAGAGCUAACAUCCCCCACGCCAACAGCAAUACAUCUCACUUUUCUCAGGAUGCUGCUUUUACCCAAGCCCCCUCUCAGCCAGCCUCCACUCAAAGUUAUCAGUCCUGCCCUGCUGUACCUGCUGCUCAGUCCCCGGUUACUCACAGUGAAAACCAGCAUACGUUCCAAAAUGUGGAUAACAAUCACUUUACCUACUCAUUGCCAGCAAAUCAGAAUCACAAUCAAAAUCAGGCAAACAGCAUAACACCUCACAGGGGAAGCUCUGCAAAUUAUAACAGCUAUCGCACAACAGGAAGUUCCCAAAGUCAGCCAUCCUGCCCGUGGAAGUUAGCUCCAGGAGCUAAAGUACUGGCCUGCCCUCUCAAUGCAUGGCCUGUAUCAGGGCCAGAACGCUCCAGUCAGGAGAUAUGGGAAUCCUUCUCCCAGUGCUUCACUCCUGCUGUCAAAGAGGUGGUAGAGUUUGCCAAGGGCAUCCCAGGAUUUCAAGAGCUUGGCCAGCAAGACCAGGUUAUGCUGCUCAAAUCAGGCACCUUUCAGGUUCUGAUGGUGAGGUUCAGCACUUUGUUUAAUGCUGGGGAACGUACAGUUACCUUCCUGAACGGCCAAACUUAUCCCCUUGCCACCCUGCGUGCCUUGGGCAUGGGCUCUUUGCUGGAUGCAAUGUUUGAGUUCAGUGAGAAGCUGGGCUCCCUGGGGCUGGAACCUGAUGAGAUGGCUCUCUUUAUGGCUGUGGUGCUGGUCUCUGCAGACCGUUCCGGCAUCUCCGAUAUGCGAGCUGUGGAGCAGCUCCAGGAGGGUCUGAUUCGGGCUCUGCGGUCACUGAUCACCCGACGUCGCCCGGAUGACACUGCCCUCUUUCCAAAACUCCUCCUGCGCUUGCCGGAUCUGCGCACCCUCAACAAUCUGCACUCCGACAAACUGUUGGCCUUUCGCAUCGAUCCUUAAGAGGGUUGCUUGCUAUAAGAGCACACAGACACAAACUGUUUAAUUAAAAAAUACAGUCACAACACACACAAACAGACAUACACGCUCAAACUUCCUUCCAAGGGCAGGACUUCCUUGAAGAUAGAGCAACCAUGAAUUGUGCAAUCUAAGGAGGGUUUUUCAGGAGGACAGUAGCGAACAUAUUAUGGAUUCGUUAUUGAUCUUUUUGCUUCAUGUUUUAGUACAACUACAUAAACAUACAUACUCAUGUAUCCACAUGAACCUCAACAUCUCUUGAAGACAUUGUUCCAGUUUGAAAUGUAAUUUUUCAUGUAGAGUAACUAUUACCCUUUUGGAUGAAUCAUUUGUGCACUUGCUCAUUAUAUCCAAUGUAUUUAAGAAUAAAAGCCAGUUCACUUCUGUUUAUUCCUUAAGUCGUACAGUAUCAACAGGCCGUCAACAAGCAGCAGAUGAAAGGUGGAUAUCAUAGCUCUAAACAGUUGUUUCUUAGGGACCAUAAGUGAUGAAGACCAUCUUUAGUUUGUGUAAAACAAAGGGAAUUUGUAUAUAAUGCAUAGUAAAAUUUGAACUACUAAGGUAAUUUGUAUCACUGUUUCACAAACACACCAUCUGUAUUGGUACUGGAAUGAGACCACUUUAUUAAUGUGUCACUUGUACACGAUAGGAUGCUUUCUGUCUGUCUAUUUUUGACUAAUCUUCCAGACAAGACUUUGGUUAAAAUAUGCCAACUUUAUAAGUUAAUGGCAUUUUAUUUUAUUUCAUAAAAACGUGUCUGUGUUGCUAAGCUGUGUCACAUCUGGGCUGAUGGAGAUGCUCUAUGCAUGUUGGUUUUGUAGUUCCUUCGUUUAUUUUUUUCACUGUAAAUAUUAUGUUAUCCAAAUGUCUAUGUAUCAAUGACUGAACUGAUAUGUUGGAUCGGACGGACGAGUUCGGUGUGAAGAAGAAUGUACUGACCUUACUAUACUUGGUGGGGGAUUGGCCAUGCCAAGGGGGCUUUGCUCAGGAGGAUAUGUCGUAGGGAUUCUCAGAUGGUUUAGACACACUUUCUGGUAUCAGAUGAUGUAACCAACCAGCAUAAUCCCUGAGAACACCAGCACUCAUUCCACAUGCACUCUUCCUCUGCCCCCAAUGUUUGUCAUACAAACUAAAGAGAUAUUUUUGGGUGAGAGAUCUUUGUUGAUUGGUCCUCUCACUGCUUGUUGUUUGAUUAUGGAUGAUUGAGGACAUCUUGUAUAUUUUGUAA